AUGUGCGACUGUGAAGUCAGCUGGAACGGCUGGUAUCGUCUCUUCUUUCAGGGUCAGAGUGUUCAGAUGCCGGACACAUGUGUUGAUGAGUAUAGCUGUGGCACUCAUUCUCCACUGUGGCUGAAAGGAGGACAUCCAACAGUUGAGGAUGGAGUGGUCACUCGAGAUGUUUGCGGUCACUAUGACAAUGACUGCUGUGCUUUUCAGUCCAAUCCCAUUAAAGUCAAAGCCUGUACAGACUAUUAUGUUUAUGAGUUUGUGAAACCAUCUUUCUGCUUUUUGGCAUACUGUGCAGCGCCCCCUGUUGACCCCUGCAACAACUACAAAGUGCUGAAUGAUCCAUGGAGAGCCACCAACAAUCAAUUUUCCUCUGAAAUAAUGUGUGACUGUGAGGUCAGCUGGGAUGGCUGGUAUCGUCUCUUCAUUCAGGGUCAGAGCGUUCAGAUGCCAGACACAUGUGUUGAGCAGCAUAGUUGUGGCACUCAUGCUCCACUGUGGCUGAAAGGAGGACAUCCAACAGUUGAGGAUGGAGUGGUCACUCGAGAUGUCUGUGGUCACUGGGACAAUAACUGCUGUUAUUUCCAAUCAAAUCCUAUUAAAGUCAAAGUCUGCCCUGGCAAUUAUUAUGUUUAUGAGUUUGUGAAACCAGAUUUCUGCUCAUUGGUGUACUGUGCAGAUAUUGGGCACAAUACCAUCAUGAUGGAGACAAGUUCAACCAUAAAAACUACAUUUAUAGAUACUACAACAAUGGACACUGACAAAGUGGAUAGAACAAUAACAAUGGAAACCACAAAAACAGAAAGUAUAAACACACGAACCACAUCUUCAGAAAGUACCACUGGUGAGACCACAACAGCAGAGAGCACCACAAAUGUGAGUACUACAACAACAGAAAGUACCACAACUGUGGGUACUACAACAGCAGAAAGCACCACACCUGAGACCACAAAUUUGGAUACUACAACAACAGAAAGUAUGACCACAGGCACAACUCCACAAAGUACGACAACCACAUCAGUAGCCAAAACAAUUCCAGAAAUUACAGCAGCUGAGACCACAACCGCAGAAAGCACUACAACUGUGGAAACCACAACGGAAAGCACCACAACAGCAGAAAGCACCAUAAGUGAGACCACAACAGCAGAAAGCCCCAAAACUGUGGGUACUACAACAACAGAAAUUACCACAAGUAAGACCACAACAGCAGAAAGCACCACACCUCAGACCAAAAAACCUGGCACCACAACAGCAGAAAGUACAACAACAGAAAGCACCACAACUCUAGAAAGUACCACAGCCGAGACCACAACCACAGACAGCACCACAACUGUGGCUACUACAACAACAGAAAGCAACUCAGCAUUAGAAAGUACCACAAGUCAGACCACAACACCAGGCACUACAACAUCAGAAGGUACGACCACAGCCACAAAAAUUUCAGAAAGUACAACAGCCGUGACAACAACCGCAGAAAUAAGCACAACUGUCGGUACUACAACAACAGAAAUUACAACCACAGGAACAACAACACCAGAAAGCAAAACACCUGACGCCACAACUCCAGAAAGCACCACAACUCCAGAAAGUACCAAAACCAAGACCACAACAGCAGAAAUCACCACAACUGAGACAACAAAAGCAGAAAGCACCUCAACAGUUGAAAGCACAACAACACCAGAAAGUACCACAACCACAGAAAGCACCACAUCUGUGGGAACCGAAACAACAGAAAGUACCACAACCGAGACCACAACUGCAGAAAGCAACACAACAGAAAGCACCACAACUCCAGAAAGUACCACAAGCAAAAUCACAACACCAGAAAGCAGCACAACUCUAGAAAGUACCACAACCGAGUCCACAACAGCAGAAAGCACAACUGCGACCUCAACACCAGGCACUACAACCACUGAAAGUACAACCACAACCACAACAACUCCAGAAAGUACCACAACCGAUACCACAACAGCGGAAAGCACAACUGAGACCACAAGUGUGGGUUCAACAACAACAGAAAGCACCACAGCAACCACAACAGUAGAAAGCACUACAACAGAGACCACAACACCAGGCACUACAACAACUGAAAGUACAUCCACAGCCACAACAACUCGAGAAAGUUCCACAACUGAGACCACAACAGCAGAAAGCGCAAAUGCGACCACAACUGUGGGUUCUUCAACAACAGAAAGCACAACAGCAAGAGAAAGUACCACAAGCGAGCCUACAACAGCAGAAAGCACUACAACCACUGCCACAACAACUCCAGAAAGUACAACAGCCGAGACCACAGAAAGCGCCACAUCUGUGGGAACCACAAAACCAGAAAGUACCACAACCGAGACCACAACUGCAGAAAACACCACAUCUGUGGGAACCACAACAACAGAGAGUACCACAACCGAGGCCACAACAGCAGAAAGUACCACAACUGCAGAAAGUACCACAACCGAGACCCCAACAGCAGAAAGCAUAACUGAGACCACAAGUGUGGCUUCUACAGCAACAGAAAGCACCAGAGCAACAGAAGGUACUACAACUGAUACGACAACACCAGGCACUACAACAACUGAAAGUACAACCGCAGCCACAACAACUGCAGAAAGUACAACAGCCGAGACCACAACUGCAGAAAGCACCACAUCUGUUGGAACGACAACAGCAGAAAGUACCACAACCGAGACCACAACCACAGAAAGCACCACAUCUGUGGGAACCAAAACAACAGAGAGUACCACAACCGAGACCACAACAGCAGAGAGCACCACAACAGAAAGCUCCACAACUCCAGAAACUACCACAAGCAAAAUCACAACAACACAAAGCAAUACAACUGAGACCACAACUCCAGAAAGUACCACAACCGAGUCCACAACAGCAGAAAGCACAACUGUGACCACAACUGUGGGUUCUUCAACAACAGAAAGCAACACAGCAAUAGAAAGUACCACAAGCGACACCACAACAGCAGAAAGCACUACAACUGAGACCUCAACACCAGGCACUACAACAACUGAAAUUACAACCACAGCCACAACAACUUCAGAAAGUAUCACAACCGAGACCACAAUAGCAGAAAGCACAAUUGAGACCCCAAGUGUGGGUUCAACAUCAACAGAGAGCACCACAGCAACCACAAAAGCAGAAAGUACAACUGAGACCACAACACAAAGCACUACAACAACUGAAAGUACAACCACAGCCACAACAACUCCAGAAAGUACAGCAGCUGAAACCACAACCACAGAAAGCACCACAUCUCUAGGAACCACAACACCAAAAAGAACCACAACUGCAGAAAGCACCAUAUCUGUGGGAACCACCACAACCGAGACCACAACCGCAGAAAGCACCACAACAGAAAGCACCACAACUCCAGAAAGUACCACAAGCAAAAUCACAACAACAGAAAGCACCACAACUGAGACCACAACUCCAGAAAGUACCACAACUCUAGAAAGUACCACAACCGAGACCACAACUCCAGAAAGUACCACAACCGAAUCCACAACAGCAGAAAGGACAACUGUGGGUUCUUCAACAACAGAAAGCACCACAGCAACAGAAAGUACCACAAGCGAGACCACAACAGCAGAAAGCACUACAACUGAGACCACAACACCAGGCACUACAACAACUGAAAGUACAACCACAGCCACAACAACCACAGAAAGCACCACAUCUGAGGGAACCACAACACCAGAAAGUACCACAACCGAGACCACAACCGCAGAAAGCAUCACAACAGAAAGUAGUACAACUGAGACCACAACUCCAGAAAGUACCACAACUCUAGAAAGUACCACAACCGAGACCACAACUCCAGAAAGUACCACAACCGAAUCCACAACAUCAGAAAGCACAACUGUGGGUUCUUCAACAACAGAAAGCACCACAGCAACAGAAAGUACCACAAGCAAGCCUACAACAGCAGAAAGCACAACAACCACUGCCACAACAACUCCAGAAAAAACAACAGCCGAGACCACAGAAAGCACCACAUCUGUGGGAACCACAACACCAGAAAGUACCACAACCGAGACCCCAACAACAGAAAGCAUAACUGAGACCACAAGUGUGGGUUCUACAACAACAGAAAGCACCACAGCAACAGAAAGUACUACAACUGAUACGACAACACCAGGCACUAUAACAACUGAAAGUACAACCACAGCCACAACAACUCCAGAAAGUACAACAGCCGAGACCACAUCCGCAGAAAGCACCACAUCUGUGGGAACCACAACAACAGAGAGUACCACAACCGAGACCACAACAGCAGAGAGCACCACAACAGAAAGCUCCACAACUCCAGAAAGUACCACAACCGAGUCCACAACAGCAGAAAGCACAACUGUGGGUUCUUCAACAACAGAAAGCACCACAGCAAUAGAAAGUACCACAAGCGACACCACAACAGCAGAAAGCACUACAACUGAGACCUCAACACCAGGCACUACAACAACUGAAAUUACAACGACAGCCACAACAACUCCAGAAAGUACCACAACCGAGACCACAAUAGCAGAAAGCACAACUGAGACCCCAAGUGUGGGUUCAACAACAACAGAGAGCACCACAGCAACCACAAGAGCAGAAAGUACAACUGGGACCACAACACCAGGCACUACAACAACUGAAAGUACAACCACAGCCACAACAACUCCAGAAAGUACAGCAGCUGAAACCACAACCACAGAAAGCACCACAUCUCUGGGAACCACAACACCAGAAACUACCACAACUGCUGAAAGCACCACAUCUGUGGGAACCACAACAACAGAAAGUACCACAACCGAGAUCACAACCGCAGAAAGCACCACAACUCCAGAAAGUACCACAACUGCAGAAAGUACCACAACCGAGACCCCAACAACAGAAAGCAUAACUGAGACCGCAAGUGUGGGUUCUACAACAACAGAAAGCACCACAGCAACAGAAAGCACCACAGCAACAGAAAGUACUACAACUGAUACGACAACACCAGGCACUACAACAACUGAAAGUACAACCACAGCCACAACAACUCCAGAAAGUACAACAGCCGAGACCACAUCCGCAGAAAGCACCACAUCUGUGGGAACCACAACACCCAAAAGUACCACAACCGAAGCCACAGCAGCAGAACGUACCACAACUGCAGAAAGUACCACAUCCGAGACCCCAACAGCAGAAAGCAUAACUGAGACCACAAGUGUGGGUUCUACAACAACAGAAAGCACCACAGCAACAGAAAGUACUACAACUGAUACGACAACACCAGGCAUUACAACAACUGAAAGUACAACCACAGCCACAACAACUCCAGAAAGUAAAACAGACGAGACCACAACCGCAGAAAGCACCACAUCUCUGGGAACCACAACAACAGAGAGUACCACAACCGAGACCACAACAGCAGAGAGCACCACAACAGAAAGCUCCACAACUCCAGAAAGUACCACAACCGAGUCCACAACAGCAGAAAGCACAACUGUGACCACAACUGUGGGUUCUUCAACAACAGAAAGCACCACAGCAAUCGAAAGUACCACAAGCAACACCACAACAGCAGAAAGCACUACAACUGAGACCUCAACACCAGGCACUACAACAACUGAAAUUACAACCACAGCCACAACAACUCCAGAAAGUACAACAGCCGAGACCACAACUGCAGAAAGCACCACAUCUGUUGGAACGACAACAGCAGAAAGUUCCACAACCGAGACCACAACUGCUGAAAGCACCACAUCUGUGGGAACCACAACACCAGAAAGUACCACAACCGAGACCACAACAGCAGAGAGCACCACAACAGAAAGCUUCACAACUCCAGAAAGUACCACAAGCAAAAUCACAACAACAGAAAACACCACAACUGAGACCACAACUCCAGAAAGUACCACAACUCUAGAAAAUACCACAACCGAGACCACAAGAGCAGAAAGUACCACAACCGAAUCCACAACAACAGAAAGCACCACAUCUGAGGGAAUCACAACACCAGAAAGUACCACAACUGCUGAAAGCACCACAUCUCUCGGAACCACAACAACAGAAAGUACCACAACCGAGACCACAACCGCAGAAAGCACCACAACUCCAGAAAGUACCACAAGCAAAAUCACAACAACAGAAAGCACCACAACUGAGACCUCAACUCCAGAAAGUACAACAGUUGAAACCACAACCACAGAAAGCACCACAUCUGAGGGAACCACAACACCAGAAAGUACCACAACUGCUGAAAGCACCACAUCUGUGGGAACCACAACAACAGAAAGUACAACAGCCGAGACCACAACUGCAGAAAGCACCACAUCUGUGGGAACCACAAAAACAGAGAGUACCACAACCGAGGCCACAACAGCAGAAACUACCACAACUGCAGAAAGUACCACAACCGAGACCCCAAAAGCAGAAAGCAUAACUGAGACCACAAGUGUGGGUUCUACAACAACAGAAAGCACCACAGCAACAGAAAGUACUACAACUGAUACGACAACACCAGGCAUUACAACAACUGAAAGUACAACCACAGCCACAUCAACUCCAGAAAGUACAACAGCCGAGACCACAACUGCAGAAAGCACCACAUCUCUGGGAACCACAACAACAGAGAGUACCACAACCGAGACCACAACAGCAGAGAGCACCACAACAGAAAGCUCCACAACUCCAGAAAGUACCACAACCGAGUCCACAACAGCAGAAAGCACAACUGUGACCGCAACUGUGGGUUCUUCAACAACAGAAAGCAUCACAGCAAUAGAAAAUACCACAAGCGACACCACAACUGCAGAAAGCACUACAACUGAGACCUCAACACCAGGCACUACAGCAACAGAAAUUACAACCACAGCCACAACAACUCCAGAAAGUACCACAACCGAGACCACAAUAGCAGAAAGCACAACUGAGACCACAAAUGUGGGUUCAACAACAACAGAGAGCACCACAGCAACCACAAGAGCAGAAAGUACAACUGGGACUACAACACCAGGCACUACAACAACUGAAAGUACAACCACAGCCACAACAACUCUAGAAAGUAGAGCAGCUGAAACCACAACCACAGAAAGCACCACAUCUCUGGGAACCACAACACCAGAAACUACCACAACUGCUGAACGCACCACAUCUGUGGGAACCACAACAACAGAAAGUACCACAACCGAGACCACAACCGCAGAAAGCACCACACCAGAAAGUACCACAACUGCAGAAAGUACCACAACCGAGACCCCAACAGCAGAAAGCAUAACUGAGACCGCAAGUGUGGGUUCUAAAACAACAGAAAGCACCACAGCAACAGAAAGUACUACAACUGAGACCUCAACACCAGGCACUUCAACAACUGAAAUUACAACCACAGCCACAACAACUCCAGAAAGUACCACAACCGAGACCACAAUAGCAGAAAGCACAACUGAGACCCCAAGUGUGGGUUCAACAACAACAGAGAGCACCACGGCAACCACAAGAGCAGAAAGUACAACUGGGACCACAACACCAGGCACUACAACAACUGAAAGUACAACCACAGCCACAACAACUCUAGAAAGUACAGCAGCUGAAACCACAGAAAGCACCACAUCUCUGGGAACCACAACACCAGAAACUACUACAACUGCUGAACGCACCACAUCUGUGGGAACCACAAGAACAGAAAGUACCACAACCGAGACCACAACCGCAGAAAGCACCACACCAGAAAGCACAACAACUCCAGAAAGUACAACAGUAGAGACCACAACUGCAGAAAGCACAUCUGUGGGAACCACAAAAACAGAGAGUACCACAACCGAGGCCACAACAGCAGAAAGUACCACAUCUGUUGGAACGACAACAGCAGAAAGUUCCACAACCGAGACCACAACUGCUGAAAGCACCACAUCUGUGGGAACCACAACACCAGAAAGUACCACAAUCGAGACCACAACAGCAGAGAGCACCACAACAGAAAGCUCCACAACUCCAGAAAGUACCACAAGCAAAAUCACAACAACAGAAAACACAACAACUGAGACCACAACUCCAGAAAGUACCACAACUCUAGAAAAUACCACAACCGAGACCACAAGAGCAGAAAGUACCACAACCGAAUCCACAACAACAGAAAGCACCACAUCUGAGGGAAUCACAACACCAGAAAGUACCACAACUGCUGAAAGCACCACAUCUCUCGGAACCACAACAACAGAAAGUACCACAACCGAGACCACAACCGCAGAAAGCACCACAACUCCAGAAAGUACCACAAGCAAAAUCACAACAACAGAAAGCACCACAACUGAGACCUCAACUCCAGAAAGUACAACAGUUGAAACCACAACCACAGAAAGCACCACAUCUGAGGGAACCACAACACCAGAAAGUACCACAACUGCUGAAAGCACCACAUCUGUGGGAACCACAACAACAGAAAGUACAACAGCCGAGACCACAACUGCAGAAAGCACCACAUCUGUGGGAACCACAAAAACAGAGAGCACCACAACCGAGGCCACAACAGCAGAAAGUACCACAACUGCAGAAAGUACCACAACCGAGACCCCAACAACAGAAAGCAUAACUGAGACCGGAAGUGCGGGUUCUACAACAACAGAAAGCACCACAGCAACAGAAAGUACUACAACUGAUACGACAACACCAGGCACUAUAACAACUGAAAGUACAACCACAGCCACAACAACUCCAGAAAGUACAACAGCCGAGACCACAACUGCAGAAAGCACCACAUCUGUGGGAACCACAACAACAGAGAGUACCACAACCGAGACCACAACAGCAGAGAGCACCACAACAGAAAGCUCCACAACUCCAGAAAGUACCACAACCGAGUCCACAACAGCAGAAAGCACAACUGUGGGUUCUUCAACAACAGAAAGCACCACAGCAAUAGAAAGUACCACAAGCGACACCACAACAGCAGAAAGCACUACAACUGAGACCUCAACACCAGGCACUAAAACAACUGAAAUUACAACGACAGCCACAACAACUCCAGAAAGUACCACAACCGAGACCACAAUAGCAGAAAGCACAACUGAGACCCCAAUUGUGGGUUCAACAACAACAGAGAGCACCACAGCAACACAAAGUACUACAACUGAUACGACAACACCAGGCAUUACAACAACUGAAAGUACAACCACAGCCACAACAACUCCAGAAAGUACAACAGCCGAGACCACAACUGCAGAAAGCACCACAUCUCUGGGAACCACAACAACAGAGCGUACCACAACCGAGAACACAACAGCAGAGAGCACCACAACAGGAAGCUCCACAACUCCAGAAAGUACCACAACCGAGUCCACAACAGCAGAAAGCACAACUGUGACCGCAACUGUGGGUUCUUCAACAACAGAAAGCAUCACAGCAAUAGAAAAUACCACAAGCGACACCACAACAGCAGAAAGCACUACAACUGAGACCUCAACACCAGGCACUACAACAACUGAAAUUACAACCACAGCCACAACAACUCCAGAAAGUACCACAACCGAGACCACAACCGCAGAAAGCACCACAUCUGUGGGAACCACAACAACAGAGAGUACCACAACCGAGACCACAACAGCAGAGAGCACCACAACAGAAAGCUCCACAACUCCAGAAAGUACCACAACCGAGUCCACAACAGCAGAGAGCACCACAACAGAAAGCACCACAACUCCAGAAAGUACCACAAGCAAAAUCACAACAACAGAAAGCACUACAACUGAGACCACAACUCCAGAAAGUACCACAACUCUAGAAAGUACCACAACUGAGUCCACAACAGCAGAAAGCACAACUGCGACCACAACUGUGGGUUGUUCAACAACAGAAAGCACCACAGCAACAGAAAGUACCACAAGUGAGACCACAACAGCAGAAACCACUACAACUGAGACCUCAACACCAGGCACUACAACCACUGAAAGUACAACCACAGCCACAACAACUGCAGAAAGUACCACAACCAAGACCACAACAGCAGAAAGCACAACUGAGACCACAAGUGUGGGUUCAACAACAACAGAAAGCACCACAGCAACCACAACAGCAGAAAGUACAACUGAGACCACAACACCAGGCACUACAACAACUGAAAGUACAACCACUGCCACAACGACUCCAGAAAGUACCACAACCGAGUCCACAACAGCAGAAAGCGCAGCUGCGACCACAACUGUGGGUUCUUCAACAACAAAAAGCACAACAGCAACAGAAAGUACCACAAGCGAGCCUACAACAGCAGAAAGCACUACAACUGAGACCACAACACCAGGCACUACAAAAACUGAUAGUACAACUACUGCCACAACAACUCCAGAAAGUACGACAACCGAGACUACAACCGCAGAAAGCACCACAACUCCAGAAAGUACCACAAGCAAAAUCACAACAACAGAAAGCACCACAACUCUAGAAAGUACCACAACUCUAGAAAGUACCACAACUGCUGAAAGCACCACAUCUGUGGGAGCCACAACAACAGAAAGUACCACAACCGAGACUACAACCGCAGAAAGCACCACAACUCCAGAAAGUACCACAAGCAAAAUCACAACAACAGAAAGCACCACAACUCUAGAAAGUACCACAACUCUAGAAAGUACCACAACCGAGACCACAACUCCAGAAAGUACCACAACCGAAUCCACAACAGCAGAAAGCACUACAUCAGAGACCACAACAUCAGGCCCUCCAACAACUGAAAGUACAACCACAGCCACAACAACUCCAGAAAGUUCCACAACUGAGACCACAACAGCAGAAAGUGCAACUGCGACCACAACUGUGGGUUCUUCAACAAAAGAAAGCACAACAGCAACAGAAAGUACCACAAGCGAGCCUACAACAGCAGAAAGCACUACAACCACUGCCACAACAACUCCAGAAAGUACAACAGCCGAGACCACAGAAAGCACCACAUCUGUGGGAACCACAACACCAGAAAGUACCACAACCGAGACCACAACAGCAGAAAGCACAAGUGAGACCACAAGUGUGGGUUCAACAACAACAGAAAGCACCACAGCAACCACAACAGCAGAAAGUACAACUGAGACCACAACACCAGGCACUACAACAACUGAAAGUACAACCACAGCCACAACAACUCCAGAAAGUACAACAGCCAAAACCACAACCAAAGAAAGCACCACAUCUGAGGAAACUACAACACCAGAAAAUACUACAACUGCUGAAAGCACCACAUCUACGGGAACGACAACAACAGAAAGUACCACAACCAAGACUACAACAGCAGAAAGCAGCACAACAGAAAGCCCCACAACUCCAGAAAGUACCACAAGCAAAAUCACAACAACAGAAAGCACCACAACUGAGACCAGAACAGCAGAAAGUACCACAAUCGAGACCACAACAGCAGAAAGUACCACAACCGAGACCACAACAGCAGAAAGCACAACUGAGGCCACAAGUGUGGUUUCUACAACAACAGUAAGCACCACAGCAUCCACAACAGCAGAAAGUACAACUGAGACCACAAGUAUGGGUGCAACAACAACAGAAAGUACCACAGCAACAGAAUGUACUACAAGCGAGAGCACAACAGCAGAAAGCACUACAACUGAGACCACAACACCAGGCACUGUAACAACGGAAAGUACAACCUCAGCCACAAUAACUCCAGAAAGUACCACAACUGAGACCACAACUGUGGGUACUACUACAACAGAAAGCACCACAGCAACAGAAAGUACUACAACUGAUACGACAACACCAGGCUCUACAACAACUGAAAGUACAGCCACAGCCACAACAACUCCAGAAAGUACAACAACAGAGACCACAACUGCAGAAAGUACCACAACCGAAUCCACAACAGCGGAAAGCACAACUGUGGAAACAACAACAGAAAGCACCACGACCACAACUGCAACAGAAAGUACCACAAGCGAGACCACAACAGCAGAAAACGCAACUGCGACCACAACUGUGGGUUCUUCAACAAGAGAAAGCACAACAGCAACAGAAAGUACCACAAGCAAACCUACAACAGCAGAAAGCACUACAAGCACUGCCACAACAACUCCAGAAAGUACAACAGCCGAGACCACAGAAAGCACCACAUCUGUGGGAACCACAACACCAGAAAGUACCACAACCGAGACCACAACUGCAGAAAGCACCACAUCUGUGGGAACCACAACAACAGAGAGUACCACAACCAAGGCCACAACAGCAGAAAGUACCACAACUGCAGAAAGUACCACAACCGAGACCCCAACAGCAGAAAGCAUAACUGAGACCACAAGUGUGUGUUCUACAACAACAGAAAACACCACAGCAAUCACAACAGCAGAAAGUACAACUGAGACCACAACUAUGGGUGCAACAACAACAGAAAGCACCACAGCAAACGAAAGUACUACAAGUGAGACCACAACAGCAGAAAGCACUACAACUGAGACCACAACACCAGGCACUGUAACAACGGAAAGUACAACCUCAGCCACAAUAACUCCAGAAAGUACCACAACUGAGACCACAACUGUGGGUACUACAAGAACAGAAAGCACCACAGCAACAGAAAGUACUACAACUGAUACGACAACACCAGGCACUACAACAACUGAAAGUACAACCACAGCCACAACAACUCCAGAAAGUACAACAGCCGAGACCACAACUGCAGAAAGCACCACAUCUGUGGGAACCACAACAGCAGAAAGUACCACAACCGAGACCACAACUGCAGAAAGCACCACAUCUGUGGGAAACACAACAACAGAGAGUACCACAACCAAGACCACAACAGCAGACAGCACCACUACAGAAAGCACCACAACUCCUGAAAUUAUGACAAGCAAAAUCACAACAACAGAAAGCAGCACAACUGAGACCACAACUCCAGAAAGCACUACAACAGCAGAAAGUACCACAGCAACAGAAAGUACCACAACCGCGGCCACAAUAGCAGAAAGCACAACUAAGACCACAACACCAGGCACUACAACAGCUGAAAGUACAACCACAGCCACAACAACUCCAGAAAGUACAACAGCCGAGACCACAACUGCAGAAAGCACCACAUCUGUGGGAACCACAACAGCAGAAAGUACCACAGCAACAGAAAGUACCACAACUGUGGCCACAACAGCAGAAAGCACAACUGAGACCACAAGUGUGGGUUCAACAACAAUAGAAAGCACCACAGCAACCACAACAGUAGAAAGUACAACUAAGACCACAACACCAGGCACUACAACAACUGAAAGUACAACCACAGCCACAACAACUCCAGAAAGUACAACAGCCGAGACCACAACAGCAGAAAGCGCAGCUGCGACCACAGCUGUGGGUUCAACAACAACAGAAAGCACCACAGCAACCACAACAGCAGAAAGUACAACUGAGACCACAACACCAGGCACUACAACAGCUGAAAGUACAACCACAGCCGCAACAACUCCAGAAAGUACAACAGCCGAGACCACAACAGCAGAAAGCACCACAUCUGUGGGAACCACAACAGCAGAAAGUACUACAACUGCAGAAAGCUCCACAUCUGUGGGAACCACAACAACAGAGAGUACCACAACCGAGACCACAACAGCAGAAAGCACCACAACUCCUGAAAUUAUGACAAGCAAAAUCACAACAACAGGAAGCAGCACAACUGAGACCACAACUCCUGAAAGCACCACAACAGCAGAAAGUACCACAGCAACAGAAAGUACCAGAACCGUGGCCACAACAGCAGAAAGCACAACUGAGACCACAAGUGUGGGUUCAACAACAAUAGAAAGCACCACAGCAACCACAACAGUAGAAAGUACAACUAAGACCACAACACCAGGCACUACAACAGCUGAAAGUACAACCACAGCCACAACAAGUCCACAACAUACAACAGCCAAAACCACAUCCACAGAAAGCACCACAUCUGUGGGAACCACAACACCUAAAAGUACCACAGCUGCUGAAAGCACCACAUCUGUGGGAACCACAACAACAGAAAGUCCACAACACCGGUCACCACAACAACAGAAAGUACAACAUCAGAAAGCACCAUGAUGACCGAAAAGACAACAGAAACAACCUUCACAGGUUAAUAUCAGCACUUCCACAUCCAUGGGUCUGAAGGGAGCUCAGAAAAAGUAAAGAUCCAAGUAAAGUCAAUGGCCCCAGGUUUGCGUUGUUUCUCCUGACAGCCUACACCAUCUUCUAUUUCCACAAACAAUUACCUAUAGUUUUAAAUGUUUAGAUUUUUUUGUCAUAUUUAUUGUCCAUACUACUCUCAUAUUUAAAAAAAAAAGAAAAGAAAGAAAGAAAAAAAAAAGAAACAUAACUUAUAAAUUGUCUAUAUGUGAAGGAACUUUUAUUUGCUGUACCUAUAAUAAUGUAUUUUGUUUAUCGUCAUAGUCUUCUCACCAGUAUGGUGACAUAAGACUGAGUUUUAUUAUUGCUUUAGACUAAUUUAAAAAUUGAUUCUGCAAAUUUGCUGUAUUUUUUGUAAA